AUGCCUACGCUCGGUUCGAGCGACGCUUCGCUGAGACUCCCAGCCAGCUUCCCACCACGGGUAGAGAGCGGCACUAGAUAUACCCGCUAUGUGCGAGGCCAAGAGGACAUAGGACGAAUACUACAAGAUGAAAUCUCGGAGGACGACCUCGCGCAGCCGCACCGAGACCAGGCUCCACGAAGGUCGUUCCAGUCCUUACGCCUAAGGAGACGACCAUGCAGGCUUGCCAGCCUGCGACCUUGGGAGCUGUAUCCGCGCGAAGAGCGAUUGAAAUGCCGUAGGAGACAUCCAGUACUACUUCAUGGAAGUAGACGGGGCGCAGAGAUGGGGAAAGAUGAGCUCGAAGCUCAAGCCGAGAGUAAUCCUUCCCCACCGCCGAGCCCUCUACAGUCUGGAUCUCCCUCUGCCACCGUCAUCGGAUCUCGCCCUCGUUCCCCUGCCAAAGAUCAAGUCAGAAGUGCCGUUCCAGAAUGCAAGACUGUGUUGCGCCAGUCCAAGGCACAGCCGGGCAAAGCUGAGGACAGACGUGCACAAGCGCGGCCGAAUGGGCUGUGCAGGUCUCUUCGAGAACGUCUUCGCGUGGGUGGUGUGCCGCGCUGGUGGUAUGAGGCAGGAUACACGGGCGGGGAUCCGGACGUAGUGUGCCCUGCCUUUCUGGAGCCAAGCGGAUAUGGAGACGCCGCUACUCGUGGCAGCUGA